UUGUGAUUGGUAUAUUCCUCGUUCUGUGGGAGACAGACCCGUUCAGACACUGAGGGAGAGCAGAGAGGAGGUGAGAGAGUCUGCAUGGAGCUCUACAAUGUGUUUAUAAACUACAGAGCGCUGUUAUAUUGUAUUAUUUUGAAAGGUCCGGGUUGUAGUGUGGUAGGAGCGCGUUGUUUUAUCCGUUCAGACACUGAGGGAGAGCAGAGAGGAGCUGCUACUAAGCAUAAUCCCGUGUGCUGCCAUGGACAGUGUGAAGAUGGAAUCUGUCCAGAUUAAAGAGGAGUUCUCUGAACCUGAACUUGUCCCCUUUAGAGCGGAGGUCUCUGGGCUGGCUUCUCUCCCCAUUAAACAGGAGCUCUGUGAGAUGCAAUGUGACAGCAGUCAGCCACAGGUCUCUGAGGUUAAAGCUGAGCGCAAUGAAUUGGAGAUCCCGCAGACAGAAGAACCCCUUCCUGUGAAACAAGAAGAGGUGCUGGAAAUUAACCAUAUUAAACAGGAGCCCCCUGAAGUAGAGUUUGACCACAUGGAACCAGGGAAGGAAGAAUCUGAGGACUUCAAACCAAACAUCCCUGAGCUGGAGAGAGUCUGUGUGAGAGAGCAAGGCGCUGGAGAGGAAGGCUCUCCCAACAGCAUGCAAGGAGGUGGAAAGGAAGACGGGCAGUCACAUUCAGAAUGCAGUCUAGCAGGUUCCAGUCCAGCAGCUAAAGCGAGGGCAGACGGUGGAGAAUAUCCUGACUGUGGGAAAGGUUUCACGCAGAUAGGGCAUUUAAACAAAACCCAACGAACUCACACAGGCGAGAAACCAUAUCACUGCUCUGACUGUGGGAAAAGUUUCAAUCUUAACAGUGUGGUGUGUAGAUAAGUGGAAAAAAUCCUCGUUUAAAUGCACGAAACUGAGGCACUGACACAACAAAAUGUGAAAAAAAGUUCAAGGGGGUGUAGACAUAAGAAAGUUUACAAACGAGAGGAGGCCAUUCAGCACAUCUUGCUUGUUUGGUUGUUAGUAGCUUAUUGAUCCCUGAAUCUCAUCAAGCAGCUACUUGAAUGAUCUCAGGGUGUCAGCUUCAACAACAUUACUGGGGAGUUGGUUCCAGACCCUCACAAUUCUGUGUAAAAAGGUGCCUCCUAUUUUCUGUUCUGAAUGUCCCUUUAUCUAAUCUCCAUUUGUGACCCCUAGUCCUUGUUUCUUUUUUCAGGUCAAAAAAGUCCCCUGGGUCGACAUUGUCUAUACCUUUUAGGAUUUUGAAUGUUUGAAUCAGAUCACCUGCAAAUAUCUUAUUAUUCGAAAUUCCCACUCCUAACAAAAAACGUGAGUGUUGUGUUUGUUCGUUUGUCUAGUAAACUGUUUGUUUGUUUCUAAGACUACUAACACUGUCCGGAGCUGUAGCCACAGGCCAGCAUCAAACCCGGACACCAGCACUUCCCUCACCACAACAAAUUGUAUUACGCACCACGAGCACUAAAAUCACUCACUAAAGAACUGUGUCUGUGUUUUGUGUUACGUGUGGGUGUUAAAAGAACGGGACUUUUUGUUACAGGUCAAACCCGGGGAUUCUAAUCGAAGUGAUACACACCACUGUAUCACUUUACAACAGUAUUAUUUACAGCUGAUUGCCGUCAGCCUCUGGACAUUGUGAAACCAACACACACCCUUGCACCUGGAUAUAAUUGUGUGUCUGUUUUCUUGCACCUGGAUAUAAUUGUGUGUCUGUUUUCUUGCACCUGGAUAUAAUUGUCUGUCUGUUUUCUUCUGCACUGCUGCAUUGCCUUCACCUGCACUCACUUACCCACUUUGCAACAGCGUCCCUAUGUGUGGUUGCUGCUAAUACUUUCUAAGGACCUGUCACUGUUAUGAGUAAUUAGAGGUUGAGGAGUCGAAACUUUCAUUCUUGGUAUAUUCGAAUAUCUUAUUAUUCGAAAUUCCCAACCCUAACAAAAAACCUUAAGUGCUCUGUUUUUUCUGUUCCGUACCACAUCAUGGAUCACUAUUGCUGUGUUACCUGACAAUGUUGGCAGUAAUCCUGACGCUAUCAGUGCACUAGGGUGGGCAUUUUGAAAAGAGCUUUGAAACAUGCUUUAAAGUUAUGUGUAAAAAGUUGUCAUGAUGUUAGCAUUGAAAAUAAAUGACAGGUACGUUAUUUAAAAAGUAGUAUUGUAUUAUUAUUAUUAUUAUUAUUAUUAUUAUUAUUAUUAUUAUUUAUUUCUUAGCAGACGCCCUUAUCCAAGGCGACUUACAGUCGUAAACAAAAAUACAGUUCUAGCAACACAUGGGGAUGUGGAACGUUAUAUCUUUGGAACCCCACUACUUACUCUAAAUUUUUAACUUUAAGCUGGUGUAACCCAGUGCAAGCCCCCACAGCUGAAAUUCAUAUGCUUUAAUCCACUCCUCCACCGUUGUUGAACUCCAUGGCAGUGCUUGACAACACAGUGGGGCUCGGGCACAGAAAUAUCGCACGUGCACGUCCAGCGAUCUUUGAGAAACUGCCUCUGCACAGGGGAUACACAAUUCUAUGGGGAACAGAAAUCUGCAUAACACCCGUCAGGACAAUUUGAUUUUGAGAUGCAUGCCUCGGUUCGAACGUCAGUGAAGUCAAGUUUUAUCUGUAUAUCUAGUUUGCCUAUGUGUUAAUCCGGCCCUGCACAUGCCCUGAGAGUUGGUUCAUACAUCACUGCAGAUGAAUGCAAUACAUCCAGCGCAGACCACAAGCGAUUUCAGGUUACAGACGCAUGAGAAAAGCCUGUACGACUUUCCAAAAAAUAGGCAUGUCGCAAGAGUGUGUGUGACGUAAUUCCAACCUGUCACACAGCGUCAGAGACCCUCAACAAAUUAUGUCGGAGUCUGAAUUAUGAACCAACCUUAAGCCUACAAGCAGUCCGUCUUACUUUCUUUCCUGUUCAUGUUUUCCAGGUUCCAGUCCAGC